CCGCGUGCGCCCUUCCCAUCUCGCCUCGCCCGUUUCUCUCCUCGCUCCCAACUCCCAAGCUGUGCUUGAGGACUGCUUCGACAGUUUCCACCCUCUCGUGAUCCUGUCUUUGGACAGAGCAACGUCUCACAUCUUAUUUUUGUCCUGAAAUCACCUGUGUUGCUGCCCUGUCGCCUUCCGCUUGUCCAUCAGCCUGACCUCGCCCGCCUCGGCGUAGCCGCACGCACACUGCAAUAGCUAUCCGAGCUCUUUCUGUCUGCGCCUUCUGCCUCUCGCCAGCUCGGCCUUACUGAGCACACCUCUUCUCCUUCCUCCGCUGCAGGCGCUGCAGCUUCGACAUAGUUUUGCCCGCCCAGGGUUCAACUAUACGAAGCUGACCCAGCAACCCCUCCUCGACGCCUUCCUCCGCCGCACCUCUACACGAGAGAGUUCCGCGACUUACCUAAGCACCACCGCCGCCCGAGGGCAGCACAGCGCCUCGGGCCCCUCCCUCUACCGGCAGAAACCUGCUUCAUGUCGACAGCAUGGAACAAUCUCAGGCCAUGACCUCCUCGGAGCAAUCUUCUUCUCUCAAGCGCCCUCGCUCACCAACCGAACCGCAUCCUCACCCCGCCGCCAAAAUCCCGCGAACUGCCACAAACCAUUUGCAGAUCAACUACCUGGCCCGGCAGCAUAAAGAAACGAUACCGCUCGUCACAGUCAAUGACAAGCUACCGGAGAUAGCACGUCUCCUGAACGAAUACGAUGGAGUCAUACAGCGCCAUGAGAGCAUGGCUGGAAAUCUGGGAGCAUGCCCAUUGGGUCCUAUCCUGCUCAAGCGGUUUGAAAGACUCUUCGAGGGACCACCUCGGGUCCUCAAGUCCCAUGCCAGAGACGCUAGCAUCAGCUGGCUAGACGUGGUCGAGUUCGCUCAGAACAAUCCUAAGCAGUUUAAUCUGGAGCGAAUGCGCAACGGGAUCAGAGUUUGUCAGUUUUACAUCAAGCAGUGCCGGGUUGAGAUUUCAGAGGAAGAUUAUGUGCUUAUUUCAAGUGGAAUGCCUCAAAAACUCAUCCCUCCCCAGCCCAUCUUGGAGGACGAAGAGAAAGAAUUGGGUGUGAUGGAUCUACUGGACCGAAAUAUCGGCCAGGUCAUCCACCUUGCCGACCAAGUGUCUGGCCGAGCUCGUCAGUUGAUCCACAAGAUGAAGAACCGUCGCAAUGCUAUCUUGAGCCGGCGUGAGCAGGAAGCAGAGAAUGUCAAGAGAAAUGCUGCUAGAUCCGAUGGCUCACCCACGUCUAUGCUCGAUACCAAUGGCAUGAGCAACCCACAGCCCAUGAGAAGUAUCGAGGUGUCUCAGUCCCCUCCCGUGGGCUUCACGGCCGUCAACUUGAAGCAGUCUGGAGCGGGUGAAGCGACUCAUCGGUUGUCAUUAUCUGGAGAGGCUACACGAAAUGCACCAGAUGAGAUGUAUGCCUCGAAUGUCACCAUCAUCAAUGGCAAGUCUAUCAAGGAUGCUUCACCAUCGGUGCGAGCAGAGCUCAUGAAGAACUUUCUCACCCCGAGUGAGCGAGAGGCUGCUAUGCCUGAGGAUGCCGACCGCCGGGCCUCGGUGGGAACCCCCCGAGCUAAUGCUAUCCCAGAAGCGUCGACAGACAUGGCGGGGGGCAGCAAACAGAAUCAGUCUACUGUGGCUAUCCCUGGCACUCCGGCGUCUCUGAUGCCUCAUUCGAAACCCUCCACCAUGGAUCGUGAUGAUGGAGGUCCGUUCAAGGCUGAAAUGGUUCGAAGGAUGGACAAUAUGUGGAAAGGCGAUCGAGUGAUUCCUCCUUGUGACCGUUGUCGGCGUCUUCACAUGGAUUGCUUGAAGAACCUUACCGCCUGCAUGGGGUGCACGAAGAAACACGCCAAAUGCUCAUGGAAGGAGGUGAGGGCCGAUGAAUUGCACAUGUCUACGCAGUCGGCAGAUAGCACUUUCGAAGGAGGUGCGGCUCUGGCGGUUUCCGAAAUUCAACCACCCUUGUCUGCGGAUUCCACUAUUGAAGUCCACCACAGACCCUCGGAGGACGUGGUACGAUCUGCCAGUAUUGCAAGGGCUUCGUUGGACCUGGCUGAAGAUCGUCCCGACACACCUAGUAAAGACGGCGUUGAGUCGAAAAACAAAAGUGAGCCAACACCGGGCAACAGUACUUCUGGGCGUCUCGACGUGAGACCACCUCCUCUUGUGCAACAAUUGCAAGACGCAGCCAAGGAGCGUUCGGAAACUAGUGGGUUCGGUGCAGUGCUGUCACCACGUGAGAGGGGUCUUUCGAAAGACGAUGACGAUGAAGAAGGGGAUCGAUUGCAGGCACUUGCUUCACGUGUUUACCGAACAGCAUCGCAGAGUGGUCACCGGUCUUGACAUUGACGGUGAGGCCUGACUUUAGAUUACUUACAUUACAUUUUUGGUCGUGAAUUUGUUAGACCUGUCUUGACUUUAGUUGACUUGAGAAUCUGCCAUGUAUAAGUGUAUAUGAACAUGGGUCUGAAGGGUGAGGUGGGAGAAAAUAGAAUGGUCAUGGUUUACGGCAUUUUUUACUAUGGCAAAGCGACCGCGGGCAGGUAGGCGUUGAGGAUGAAGUGAAAGAAUUGAAAUCUCUUUUAUGAGCAGAAAAAGUGAUUUGUGCGAAAUGUUUUGAUGAAUCUUGCAGAGCACGAGUAUGAUGAGUUGGUAUAUUGGGGCUACUCGUGCUAGGUCCAAUACACUCGUAGUUGUGGUACAUACCAAGUCAAUGUAUUUCGUUUGAUAAU